UUUUUCCUAUUUGAAAAGCUUCUAAUAUUUAUUUAUUUUUUCAUCACUCCACCAGUACUGGGAUGCUGAUUGCCCUCUUCCUUCCCUACCCUCCCCAGCUCUAGAAGUGCAUGCAAACAACAACGUGGGGGGGGUGGGGAAGAAAAAUCCCCAAAACCCUCAGCAGUUAAGUUGGCUGGUGCUGGCAGCAAGACAAAUCUGGCACCACACAGCAGGCAGGCAGAGAGUGCAGUGCUCAUCCUUUCUGUUUGCAGAGUGUGGGGAUGCUGGACACCAACACCCGGCGAGGGAUCCGGCCAAAAGCUGCUCUCCUCGGAGCCUGAACCCCGCUGCUCUCUGCCCCGGGUGGGAGACACAGGUAAAAACAGAGAAUUGCUUGAGCUGCCUGCGUUCAGUGGCAAUAGAGAGCAGCCAGGAGGAGAAGCCCAGGCUGCCUAAUCUCAUUCCUAGCAGCAAGCCACAGUGCAGGGGCUGUGCACGCAAUGCCCUCAGGUACCGGCACUUGGUAGGGAUUCUUUGCAUUACAGCAAAUAAAUUGGUGCAAGAGGCAGUAAAGGUUUUUCUUUUUUUUUUUUUUUUUUAAGGGGGUACAGUUUGUUCAAGUUACCUUUAUAAAUAUUUAUUACUAUUUAUAUAAUUAUAGCUCUCUGAGAGCAGGCUUUACAGCAACUUUGAGCCACAAUAAACAGGCAGCCUGGAUGCCUCCUCCUCAGGCUGACCGUCCCUAUUCUAUGUGUUAUAUGUUUAUCUAUUACCACCAUGCUUCGAGCUUAUAAUUUAUUUCAUAAUGUAAUUUAUAGUUACAUUAAAAAAGCAUCCCUCUGCAAACAGCAGCCAUGUAAUAUUGAUAAAGCAUUUAGGGACAGAACAUAAAUUCAACGGCUCAGAUAUUAUGCAGUAUCAAUAAUCUGCAGGGAAAAAAGUGUCUGUGUAAGUAUGCACAAUUUAUUAUGGCAGGAACCUAAACAGAGAACAUCUUUCUCUGUCAAACUUUCUUUAAGAGAACUUGACAUCCCUGAAUUCUUUUCCCUCCCACAGAUGUCAGAGGACAAGACAGACAAGGUAAAAAUCAAAGCAGCUGAAAGUUUUGAACAUGACAAGCAAAAUAUUUCUUGGCUGAAAAAAGACCACCGCACCAGCUCCCUGCCUCUACUGGCCCUCCCUGGGGUGACACCGAGCACUGAGGACCAUCCAGAUAACCAGCUUACAAAUGAAAAACACACAGAUGAAAAGCCUAUGAAAGGUAUUGUUAUGAGUUCUGUCGCAGAAUUCAGCAUCACAGACGCUUCAUCAAAGGGCACCAAAAAUGAGAAGAAAUUGUCAGAUGCAAGCAGAUCAUCCAUUGCUUCCCUGGAGAAAUGCAGAGAAUUCACUUACAUUGAAGAUGAUGCAUCAGUACAUCAGAGAGACAGUGACGAUGAAUGUGCAACACUUAUCCUGGCCUGCUUGUUCUGCCAAUUUUGGGACUUUCUAAUAAUGCUGCCUGAUACCUGUGAACAUUGGCUGACAGAUACCUGUUGUCCAUCCAAUAGAUAUUACCAGACCUCCGACGAAGACCACGGCAGCAACGACUGCAACUGUGACUGUGACAUUGAUUGCAGCCUCUUUGAGUCCUGCCACGAGACUGGGGAGUGCCUGGAACUCGCCAUGGAGAUUUCAGAAGUCUGCUACCGCUAAUGGGAAAAUAAUUGACAAAAUUCCUCAAAACUGCCUGACAGAUCACUAAAGAGAUUUUUGUCGGGUGUUGGGUUUUUUUUUUAAUAUUAAUCAUAACCAGAGGUUUUGCCAAUGAGGACUAUGUGCAUCUUGUUGCUCCCUCCCUGGAGGUCUCUAUAUCUGUACCGU